AUUGUGACUUUAGGGCUAUUUUUUUAGGAGUUGGUAACCCUGUGGGAAGUCCCAAAGUCGAAGUUCGAGAACAGUUUUAAGCAGAGGUUUUAAGUCUAAUUUAUUGGUCUCUGGUUUUAAGUUAGUGUCAUGUGUCAACAAUAAAUAAAGCUUUAUUUUUGGCUCUAUUUAUAAGUAAGGUGACAAUGUUGUCUUCCGAUGCCAGAAGUUCCCUAAAUUCCAAGAGUGAUAAUGAAACGUUUAUAUUAAACUUGGAUUCGAUUUCAAAGAUUGAAAAACAAUUACAAGAUAAUCCUUAUGAUAUGAUCUCUUUAGUGUUCCUGUUGUACGACGUGCCGGAUACGGCGCUGCAGAGAUUGAUGGUGUAUCAACGAGUGACGAGUGACGUCAGUGGAACAAAUAUUAAUUUGUUGCAAGAAUGGUACUGUCACGCCAGCAGUCGCCCUGACUGGCAACAUGAAUUAUUAGAAGCAUUAAUGAUAUGCCAAUUGAACUCCAUUGUGAAGAGCCUUGGUUUCCAUAUACCCACUAUGAGAGUAUUUUACCAAUCAAAUGAUCCCUUCAGCAGCAAGUACAUAAAUCCCGUAAAGAAAGUCCUUUAUCAUGCCUGUGAAAAUAUAAACUCAACUAAUCUUUUGAAAUUAAAAAAAUCACUUCUUUCAUAUGAUAUAAAUGUAAUGGAAUAUACCACUUGUGAGCUUAUAUUUUUAGAGCUCCUGUCCAAUAAAUUUAUUACUAUUAAUAAUAUUGGCCAAAAGAUUAAAACAAACCAGAACUGCAUAUGUAAUGUAGAAAACCUUGUGAAGAUCUUAGACAACUUAAAUGGAUUGAAAAAAGUGGCUAUGAAUUUGAGAUAUUUUCAAAGUAAAUUCAAUGAUGAAGAGGUGGAUUCAUUCGCGUCUGUCAAUGGAAGCAGCUCACCAUCACUUCCAGUGCCUCCUCUUGAUGGUACAAAAUUAAAGCAAGAUGACAAGAAUUAUGGAGCUGAAGAUUUCUCAGAGCUAUUCGACAUAAUAAAUAAUAUGCCAGAACCGCUUGAAAACAAUUUUAAAUCUGAUACAAUGUCAACUAAACAGAAUAGAUAUGAGAUAAAAAAUCCGGAACAACUAGGUGUUUGCAUAGUUAUAAACCAAGAGAAUUUUUAUCCAUCCAAAAAUAGUAUUGAAGACCACCAAAUUGUUCCAUUAGAAGAGAGAAAAGGAUCUAGUGUGGAUAAAAGGACUUUGGAAAGAACCAUGACAUCAUUAAAAUUUCAAGUUCACAGUUGCUCUGAUUUAGAUCAUGAUGAAAUGAUAGAAUUCAUCAAAAAGAAAAUUAAUAAACAUGUUACAUCAAAUGACAGUAUUUUUAUGUUGUGUAUACUGUCACAUGGUGUAAGGGACCAUGUGUAUGCUGCUGACUCUGUGAAAAUUAAAGUAGAGUCUAUACAAAAUCUGUUGGAUUCAGAUGAAAUGAGCCACUUGAGAGGCAUACCGAAGGUGUUUAUUAUACAAGCUUGCCAAGUUGAGGAUACACCUCAUCCUACAUUUGCUGCUGACAAUGUCCAAACAAAUUACUACUUGGGAAAAUUAGACUUCCUUAUUUACUGGGCCACUGCACCUGAAUAUGAAGCCUUCAGACAUGAGCAGACGGGGUCAUUAUUCAUUCAAGCUCUUUGUAAACUGUUGCGUCAAAGAGCUAAACAUGAUCACUUACAUGAAAUCUUUACACAAGUAAAUAACAAUGUUACCAAUCUGUGCACUAAGUUGCAGCGUGCACAAGUACCUCUCUUCAAAAGUACUCUGAGGAAGAAUUUAUAUUUACAAGUGCCAGAAUAACAUAAUAUUUUUAUUUAGAUAUAUUGUAAGUACUAAGAAUGAAGUGGUGAUAGCUUAGUUGGGAGUGGAAUGACAGCCAAGACAAAUGUCAGCAAGUUCAAAUCCAAAGGCAUACACCUCUGACUUUUAAAAAAAAAUAUGUGUGUAUUCUUUGUAAAUUAUCACUUGCUUUACGGUGAAGGAAAACAUCAUGAGGAAACUCUCAAUAGUAAAGGUAUCCCAUUGCCCAGCAGUGGGACAGUAUAUUAUACAGGGUUGAUAUUAUUAUUAUUAUAUACUAUGCUUUGCUCAUGCGCUCAUUCACUCCAACAUUAAUGACCUUUCCUGGUAUUGAAGUUCUGCUAAGUAUUUUAUGGGAUAAAAAUACCCUGAAUGUUAAUCCACACACAUUCAGUAUGUCAAAUUUCAUCUAAAUCCAUUUAGGUGUGUUUUAUUUGAUACUAAGUUCCAACAAAAAUCUUCAUAAACGUCAGGACCCCUCAGGAGCAACAUUAUUAAUAAGAUUAAUAAUAAAUUUUCAAUGCAUAAUAAUUUUAAUAUAAUUUAUAUUACUUAAUGUUGAAGUUGAUAUACUUAAAUAUUUAAGUUCCAAAGUAUGGAAUAAAAAUAGUUUUAACAAAAAUUAAACCACCUUCAAAAACCACUCAUGACCAAAAAAUAAUUUCACAUAACGGGUAUAUACUGAAUACCAAUUUUGGAGUCGGUGCCUAAUUGAAGUUGCUAGUUAAGAAAUAAUGGAUAUUAUGUAUUGUUUAUGUGUUGUCUGGCCCUGCUUAGUUUCACCAUUAUUACUUACAGGACCACGCAGCCCAUUAGCCAUAUUAUAUUAUGUUCCAACUAGAACAUGGACUACACAUAUAAUUUGAAAAGUAAUUAAGCACACAAACAUUUGUCUAUCAAUUGAGUACAUCAUCAGCAAUCAUAUUUAUCUAAGUAUACAAUUUUGUAUCAACUUUUUAGUUAUAAAAUAGUUUAGGUUUGAUAAUUGUAUUUAAUCAGGAAAUAAAAAGAUUAUAUGAGAGUU